UUUUUUUAUUUUUUACUUUUGUUCUUAUGGCAGAAGCGACAGACAACAAAGACCCACACAACCCAACCAUCGAAGUUCCUGUCAAAAUUGAGCAGGCUUGCUCUCCACUUUCGCAAACCAAGACAGAAGUGCUUCCAGAACAAACUGCCCAGGUACAAAAGUUUUUGGCGGCGCCUGUAAAUUGCAAAUUAUUUGUAGAAAAGAUCACGCAUACCAAAGGUGUCGAAGAAUCAGAGUUCAGAAAGGCAGAAAUUUUAUCUUCUCGUAACACCAGCAACGGUCUAGAAUACUAUGUCCAUUAUACCGAGUUCAACAAACGUUUAGACGAGUGGGUCUCUAUUAAGCGCUUGGACUUCAAUCGACCUAUCGAAUUCCCUACCAAAAAGAAUCCAAAAGCAGAGGGGACAAAAAAAGAAAGAAGUGGUACACCAAACGCAAACAGAAAGAACAACGCCAACAAUAGAAAAAAAGUUGCAUUUGAGGAAGGAGUCGAUAGAGUGGUCUUAGGCAAUGAUGAUGAACAUGGAGAGACGGUUGAAAUGGAAACACGCGAUGAAGAAGAGGAAGAAGAAGAAGAACCAAGUGGUUUCUCAAAAGUAAACGAAAUUGAAAAACUACGAACAUCUGGAUCCAUGACACAAAGUGUUCAGGAAAUUGCUCGAGUCAAAAAUCUCAACAAGAUCCAAAUGGGUCAACAUGAAGUAGAAGCUUGGUACUUUUCACCUUAUCCAGUUGAAUAUGCAUACUGUGAUACGCUUUAUAUUUGUGAAUUCUGCCUUUGUUAUUACGUUUCAUACAAGCAACUGUCAAGGCAUCGUGCUCGUUGUCAACUUCACCAUCCACCAGGCAACGAAAUUUAUCGCCAUGAAGAAAUCUCAUUUUUCGAAAUUGAUGGUCGUAAACAGAAAACGUAUUGCCGAAACCUCUGUUUGCUGUCAAAACUAUUUUUGGACCACAAAACACUGUAUUAUGACGUGGAUCCGUUUUUGUUUUAUUGCAUGACUGAACGCGAUGAAAAGGGUUAUCAUUUGAUUGGUUAUUUCUCUAAAGAAAAGGAAUCUUCAGAGAACUAUAACGUUGCCUGUAUCCUGACAUUGCCUCAGUAUCAACGACUAGGUUAUGGACGAUUAUUGAUUGCGUUUUCAUAUGAACUAUCAAAAGCAGAAGGAAGAACGGGUUCUCCCGAAAAACCUUUAUCAGAUCUUGGUUUGUUAUCUUAUCGUGCUUAUUGGACAGAGACUAUUGUUGAAGUUUUGUUGAAUUCAACGGAGGAAAUCACAAUCGAAGAGAUCUCUCAGAGGACUUCUAUUACAACGCAAGAUAUUCUUCACACUCUACAAAAUAUUGGCGCUUUGAAAUAUUAUCGUGGACAACACAUCAUCUGUUUGGGAGAUAAAGUAAUUGAACAAUGGCGAAGAAAUGAUGAAAAGAAGAGACGUAGAAAGCGUGUGAUUGUACAGGGAAAACUGGAUUGGAAACCUCUUCAUUUCACAGCUUCUCAACUUAGGUUUCUCUAAACAAAAUAAUACCCUCCCAUUACAUUUAUACAUAAAUACACAUGCAUGCACACAUAAACGCAUACACACUUUCAUAUAUAUAUAUAUAUAUAUACACCCAUGCAUACGUUAUCCUUUAAAGAAGACAACCAUUGCAUAUAUUACCGAAGAUAAGAAAGUC